GAUCUGGAUAAACCCUGGAUAAAACCUGAGGACAGGAGGCUUCUCCCUCUAAUGCAGUCAUGGUGAGUCGUGCUUUAAUUUCUGCUGGGUGGCUCUUAGAGGUCCUCAAAGCCAGGAGAGCCCCUGCCCUGCGGAUGCUGGACGCUACCUGGUACUCCCCCGGGAGUAGAGAUGCCAGGAAGGAGUAUGGAGAGCGGCACAUACCUGGAGCCUCCUUCUUUGACCUGGAGCAAUGCAAGGACCAGCAGUCGCCCUAUGAGAUGAUGCUGCCCACCAAGUCCCAGUUUGCCAAGUACGCUGGUGAACUGGGCAUCAGCAAUGACAGACACGUGGUGGUCUACGACUGCGACAGCUUGGGCAUGCUCUACGCCCCGAGGCUUUGGUGGAUGUUCCGUGUUUUUGGCCACCACAAUGUGUCGUUGCUGGAUGGGGGUCUCGCCAACUGGAUGAAGCAGGGGUUUCCGGUGACAUCUGAGGCGACAAGUGUAGCGCCAGAGACGUUCCGGGUGACACUGAAUCAGUCUCUUCUCAAGAGCUUCGAGGACAUUCAGGAGAACAUUUCCAGCAAAAGGUUCCAGCUGGUGGACACCCGAUCAGAAGGGAAUUUCCGGGGGCCGGAGCCGAAGCCCGGAGAAGGCAUUGAGCCAGGACACAUCCCCGGAUCAGUGAACAUUCCUUUCUCUAACUUCCUGACGAAGGAUGGUUACGAAAAACCAGUGCAUGAAAUCCGCCAGUUGUUCCAGGAUCGAGGGAUUGACCUGACCAAGCCCCUGACCGCCACCUGUCGCCGUGGGGUCACUGCCUGCCACCUGGCCCUGGCCUCCUUCCUGCUGGGAAAAGACGACACAGCCGUCUAUGAUGGUUCCUGGUCGGAAUGGUUCCAUCGGGCAAAGCCUGAGCACAAGGUCUUCGAGAGGAGGAAUAGGGCUUAAAAAGUCAGAGGGCUGCACUGGACUUGAUGGGACAAUAUGGGGCUCAGUCCUAUGUACAGGAAUGUGUGAACCAUGUCAUUAAAUGUUACUGUAAAGCAA